AUGCCAAUAAAUGCCAAUAAAUUACAUUUUUAUAUAAUUUUUCAGUGGCUGCUGCUGGCGCUGGCGCUGGCGCUGCCCCCCGAGCGCCCCCUGGCGGCCGAGCCGCGCAAGGUGCAGAUCGGGGUCCGGAGGCGGCCGGAGAGGUGUGGGGAGAGAUCCCGGAGAGGGGAUGUGCUCACGUUACAUUACACGGUACAAACUGGGUAAACUGGGAUGGACUGGGAGCGCGGUGUGGGGAGAGGAGCNCCGUUCGUGUUCUCACUGGGGACGGGGCAGGUCAUCAAGGGCUGGGACCAGGGCCUGCUGGGGAUGUGCGAGGGGGAGAAGAGGAAGCUCGUGAUCCCCCCGGAGCUGGGUGAGACCCCAAAACCGCCCCCAAAAUGGGGGAAAAACCCAAAAUUUGGGGGAAAUCCCAAAAACGGGGGGAGGGGAGACCCUAAAAUGGGGGGAGGGGGGAAAAAACCCGNGGGUGAUUUUGGGGUAUUUUGUGGUGAUUUUGGGGUGUUUCUGGGUGGUCCUGGGGUGCUGACCCCGUGUCCAGGGGGGGCCGUGCUGAUUUUCGAGGUGGAGCUGCUGAAGAUCGAGCGGCGCCCGGAGCUUUAGGGGGCCCCAAAAGCCCCAAAUUCCCCCAAAUUCCCCCGAAUUCCCCCCAGCCCCUCCCCCCUUCCCAGCCCCACAUUUUGGGGUCCCCACGAGGUUUUGGGGGGGGAGGGGGAGCCCCAAAUGUUGGGGUCAAUAAAGGGUUAAACCAAA